ACUCGGGAAGUCUAGUUCUAGUUCAUAUUCGGAAGACGGGGCAAAAAAUCGAUGAGCUUCUUCUGUCCCUUUCCUUUCUUCGUUUCUCAUCGGUAGUCUCUCCCCCCCAAAAUCGCUUCCUCGCCAUUGAUUAACCAAGGGGCAUUAAUGUUAACUGACUGUUUCCACUGUGAUUUUCAAAUGGAGAAGCUGGUCUUCAGGUGCUUCUCCGGUAACGUGGUUAGAAGGAAAAACAUGGUUUUCAUUCUGCCUGUGAUGUUUGGUUACCCCCAAUGAGUUAACUGCGUUUUGGAUUGCUAACUCUGAUAGUAGGACUGUCGUGUUGAGGUUUGAAGGAUGGCGCUUAGUCUCUAAAUUAAGAUUGGGGGAAAAAUUCCAUAUUAGCCUCUCUACCUUUUCGACAAAAUGCCUGCUGCAAGAAUAACAAUUUCGGCGGGAAGAAGAGAGGGAAUGUGACAAAAGGAAACGAGGCGGAGAGAAAGAUGGCGGGGAGGGUUUUGGCGUCAUUAGCGCCCGGUAAAUCUCACUCGUUUAAGAAUCUCUCAAAUACUUUGCUCUUUCUGCCACUCUUUUCCCGUCGUGUACUUCGCAGAACCAGUAGCUUGAACUCUUUGAUAAGCAAGGCUUGUAGUCAGGAGUCUGGUUUCGGCUGCCACUAUGACAUAAAAACAUCUCCUUUCUCAGGACACCUAUGCAUUCAUUCAGGUCCAUGCCUGAAGUCUAAUGAUAAAGUUGUAGAGCCACUUCAGGAUUCUGAAAAGUCUUCAACUGUCACUGGUGCUUGCAAUGGCAAAAUAAAGAGGAAGAAACUAAAGGGGAAAAGAGCAGUUGUAAGGUGGCUAAAGCUCUUUAGAUGGAAGAAGAAGAAAGAGUACCAAAGAAUGACUGCAGAAGAAAAAAUACUAUACAAAUUGAGGAAGGCUAGGAAAAAAGAAGAGAGGCUUCUUGAAGCUCUGAAGAAGAUUGAGCCUGCAGAAUCAUCGGAAACAACCCAUGAUCCUGAGAUAUUGACGCCAGAAGAGCACUUUUUCUUCCUAAAGAUGGGCCUCAAAUGUAAAAAUUAUGUGCCUGUUGGAAGACGUGGAAUAUACCAAGGUGUGAUUCUGAACAUGCAUUUGCACUGGAAGAAACACCAGACUUUGAAAGUGGUGGUGAAGACAUUUACGCCAGAGGAGGUCAAGGAGAUUGCUGCAGAGCUGGCAAGACUGACUGGAGGGAUCGUGCUUGACAUUCAUGAAGAUGACACAAUAAUAAUGUACAGGGGGAAGAACUAUUCUCAGCCACCAACUGAGAUAAUGUCUCCCCGGGUUACCCUGUCAAGGAAGAAGGCAUUGGACAAAUCCAAGUGUAGAGAUGGCCUUCGAGCUGUGAGGAGAUAUAUUCCGAGACUUGAGCAAGAGCUUGAGAUGCUUCAAGCACAGCUCAAGAGCAAAGCCGAUAGCAAAAUAGAUGCUGCUGAGGAAAACCAGAAAAUUGAUGACAAUGAGAGUAUUGAAUCCGGUAGCGUUACAAGGUUCCAGUUAGGAAAUGCAGAUAAACUUCAUGAGAUAAUAAACAAGAACAGCAAGUGCCCGGAGGAUGAAACUGAUAUUGACACACAAUUAGAUACAGAUCCCGAAGAUUUAUCAGACCUCUUUGAGAUUGACUCGGAGAACGAAGUAAAAGAGGAACGGCCUCUUUAUUUGGACAAAUUUGAGAAAUUUCCAGAUCAGAAUGACGGGGAAAUCGAUGACUUUGAGGAGCACUUGCGACAAAUAUCUUUGAAGUCCAAAAACUCCAAGUCCAUGGAAGAUGUGGACUUGCCCAAGCUUGAUGAAGUUGAUAGGAUUGUGCUGCGUGCAGCAUCCCUCUUAAAGCAGAAAAAAAGAACUUGAGAUGUUUUGUGGAUAAUCAGGGUAAUCUUUAUAACAAAAAAGGGGAUCAACUAGGGGAAACGGAAAUUGCCCAAUUUUUAUUAACCAUGUAAGAAUGGGAAAAAUAAAAGGUUUCCGCUUUUAACUUUA